AGUAACAAUAAAAAUAAAACAAUAUUUAGCACGGAAGGAUCCUUCUCUCUCCCUCCUGUUUAUUAGCCAUAUAUUAAGAUUAUAUACUACUAGUACAGUACGAGUAGAUUCCAGACUUUUUAUUUUUUUAAACCUUUUAAAAUUUCUGGUGUGAAUGUACCUAUCCAUGUUUUCCAUUUUGACAGCUUGCUUCUUUAUUCGUUUCUGAUGCAAUGCUACUACUUGGCAGUAGCAUAUGCUUCUGUGUUGUAAAGACUGAAUUCUCUUCUCUUCGAGUUAGAAAUUCAGAAGCUUUAAUCGGUUCAUCUGGGUUUCUGGGUCUUAACCAGAUUUGUUAUGUUCUCAGCGGAAGUAGGCUGAGUGACGAAUGAAUUCAGAGAGUGGCCUGAGUCAGUUGAGUGACGUCAGUGGCCAGGUGCUUGAGUUUGACAAAAUGUUGAAGGGUUGUUGAGAACUUGAGAGAGAAACAUUCAUUGGAUUUCCCUUUUUUGUUCUAGCAUCUAAUGCUAACCGCCUCUCUGUGGUUCCACGUCUGGCCUGGCAAUAAGUUCAGUACAAAAAAAGGCUUUUAUUUUUCCUCUCCUUGUCUCCAAUAUAAAGAUUCCCAUCGAAGAAGCCCCUUCUUACGCUUUGCAGACGGUUUUAUUCACUUGUAUACAAAAGGCCAGAUCAUUGUGCUGCAAAGCUGUACCUUUUAAACCUCAUAGUUGCUUAUCUCUUUCUCUUAUAAGCAAAAAAUAACCCUCUUUUUGCUUCUGCAGCCUCUUUUGUACUUUAAAUUCACUGUCUUUGUCUCAAAAGUUUCACUUGACCUUUUUAGCUCACGGUUAGUCCCAGAGAGACUGUUUGAUUCAUUGGUGAAGAGAUGAGGGGAGCUGCUCUUGUAGCGAUUGCUGCUACAAUUGGUAACUUUUUGCAGGGAUGGGAUAAUGCUACGAUUGCUGGAGCAAUUGUGUACAUCAAGGAGGACCUCAAUCUGGGAACUAGCGUUGAAGGUCUUGUCGUGGCUAUGUCACUCAUAGGAGCCACAGUUAUUACAACAUGCUCAGGAGCUAUAUCAGAUUGGCUUGGUCGGCGACCAAUGCUGAUAAUUUCUUCAAUCCUUUAUUUUAUUAGUGGUUUGGUGAUGUUGUGGUCACCUAAUGUAUAUGUCUUAUGCAUAGCCAGGCUAUUAGAUGGAUUUGGAAUUGGUUUAGCAGUUACUCUUGUCCCAGUCUAUAUAUCUGAGACUGCUCCAUCAGAAAUAAGGGGAUUAUUAAAUACACUACCACAAUUCACUGGUUCUGGGGGGAUGUUUUUAUCAUAUUGUAUGGUUUUUGGGAUGUCAUUGAUGGACUCACCAAGUUGGAGGUUGAUGCUUGGGAUUUUAUCGAUCCCUUCUCUCCUAUAUUUUGCCUUAACAGUCUUUUAUUUGCCUGAAUCUCCUCGGUGGCUUGUGAGUAAAGGGAAGAUGCUUGAGGCAAAACAGGUUCUUCAGAGGUUACGUGGCAGGGAAGAUGUUUCAGGUGAGAUGGCUUUGCUAGUUGAGGGCCUUGGCAUUGGAGGUGAAACUUCUAUAGAAGAGUACAUAAUAGGUCCAGCUGAUGAACUUGCUGAUGGUCAAGAACCUACUGCUGAUAAAGACAAAAUCAGAUUAUAUGGACCUGAAGAGGGCCUGUCUUGGGUUGCCAAACCCAUCACUGGACAAAGCAUCCUUGGUCUUGCCUCUCGCCAGGGAAGCAUGGUGAACCAAAGUGUACCCCUUAUGGACCCUCUUGUGACAUUAUUUGGCAGUGUGCACGAAAAGCUUCCAGAGACAGGGAGUACGCGUAGUAUGCUUUUUCCCAAUUUUGGAAGCAUGUUUAGUACAGCGGAGCCUCAUGGCAAAAAUGAGCACUGGGAUGAAGAGAGCCUGCAGAGGGAGGGUGACGACUACGCAUCAGAUGCUGCAGGAGGGGACUCUGAUGACAAUUUGCAUAGCCCAUUGAUCUCACGUCAGACAACAAGCUUGGAAAAGGACAUGGUUCCCCCAGCUUCCCAUGGCAGUAUUCUAAGCAUGAGACGCCAUAGCACUCUUGUGCAAGAUAGUGGAGAACAAGUUGGUAGUACAGGAAUUGGAGGUGGUUGGCAGUUGGCAUGGAAAUGGUCUGAGCGAGAAGGUGAGGAUGGAAAGAAGGAAGGAGGGUUUAAAAGGAUUUAUUUGCACCAGGAGGGAGUCCCUGGAUCUCGACGUGGUUCUCUUGUAUCACUUCCUGGUAAUGAUAUCCCUGCAGAAGGUGAGUUUAUCCAGGCUGCUGCUCUAGUGAGCCAACCUGCUCUGUAUUCGAAGGAGCUUAUGAAUCAGCAUCCUGUUGGACCAGCAAUGGUUCAUCCAUCUGAAACUGCUUCAAAAGGACCAAUUUGGGCUGCUCUUCUUGACCCAGGAGUGAAGCGUGCAUUGUUGGUUGGGGUUGGGAUUCAGAUACUUCAACAGUUCUCUGGCAUAAAUGGAGUUCUCUACUACACUCCUCAAAUUCUUGAAGAGGCAGGCGUUGAAGUGCUUCUUUCAAACUUGGGCCUUAGUUCAGAUUCAGCAUCAUUUCUUAUUAGCGCAUUCACAACCUUGCUGAUGCUUCCCUGUAUAGGUGUAGCCAUGAAACUCAUGGAUAUAUCAGGCAGAAGGCGGCUGCUACUCACCACAAUUCCUGUGCUUAUAGUGUCACUUAUCAUUCUAGUUUUUAGCGAAAUUGUGGAUUCGGGUACAGUAGUAAAUGCUGCUAUCUCAACUGCAUGUGUUAUCAUCUACUUCUGCUGCUUUGUCAUGGGCUAUGGACCAAUUCCGAAUAUCCUCUGCUCUGAGAUCUUUCCAACAAGGGUCCGUGGCCUUUGUAUUGCAAUCUGUGCGUUGGUUUACUGGAUUGGAGAUAUCAUUGUUACCUACACUCUGCCUUUAAUGCUCAGUUCCAUAGGCCUUGCUGGCGUCUUCGGAAUCUAUGCUGUUGUAUGUGUCAUCUCUUGGGUCUUUGUCUUCCUGAAAGUCCCGGAGACCAAAGGCAUGCCACUUGAAGUCAUUACUGAGUUCUUUGCUGUUGGUGCGAGACAGGCUGCUACUACCAAGAAUGAGUAACUCACUGCUUUCAACGGUGUCAAUUGCUCUGCAAUGUCAGAUGUUAAGCAUUCAUCCAACUUCAGUUUGGAGAUUUUUUGCGCAUACUUUGUAUGAGGGAUUUUCUUAUUCAAACAUUAAAAUGAUAUUUUUUCCCUUUAAAUUGGAUUAUGGUAACAUACCAAUUUAAUUUGAGAGAAUGGUAGAGAUGGAUGUUUCAUGA